AUGGCAACAUUAUUCGAGCAUUCAAUCAUUCAAAAUACAAGAUGUUUUUCGUGUGGAUCACUUGUCUAUGCAGUGGAAAAGAAAAUAACAACGAAGCAUGUCUAUCAUAAUCGAUGUUUUCGUUGUCGUAUUUGUAAACGAAAUUUGACAGGAUAUUCACUGAAUGAAGAAGGCGAUGAUAUCUAUUGUGGAAAUUGUUAUAGAAAAAAACAACGAGGCGAUUGUAAUAGCUUAGAAUUUCAUCGAGCAGCAGCUGAAAAAGCUCUGUAUGUUCAUAAUCGUCAACCUAAAACGGAAGAAAAUUUAUUCGGCACUUCGCGACUCUCGCGCUUUCGCGACACAGUACGAAAUCCAUCAUUAACAUUACAUCACCUUGAACGACAAUUUCGUUCUUAUCAACCAUCAAACGGUACAAAUAAUAAUGAGCCAACAGACGAAAUAAAUCGGCAGCCGCUUACAACACCGACUCCUUUAAAAUUCAAUACUAGUUUUUCAACUACAAAUAAUUUCACGUCGCUCCGACGUGAUUCAUCAUUAGUAAAAGCUGAAGGAACUCCGCGUUUCGAAUCCAUUUUAUCACCUAGUUUAACGCGUCGUACAGAAACAAUAAUCACACCUUGUCUAACACAACCAACCGACGAAAAGAAUACUAAUGAUGAACAAGAUAAACCAAUAAUAUUACCAACAACUAAUGCAACUUGUGGUAUUGAAUUUCGAUUAAAUAGAAGUAACAACGACAUAUGUCUUAUUACAUCACCAUUGUCUAUUCGAAAAAAUAUCAUUAUACCAGAUCUGAAUCGAAACGACGAACAAAUUACAAACAAAUUUCGUUUUCCAGAGUUUAAUAUCAAAGAAAUACAUCGUCGAAGUUGUAGUGCCCAUCAUGCAACGCAUCCGUCAUCACAAAUCAGUUAA